AUGCAUAAUCUCCUUCUAGCUUUGGCACUCAGCGCUGCUGCGGAUGGAUAUGUGGCUGGGAGCGCGGGCUGGGAUGCCGCCUACGCCAAGGCCCAAAUUGCUCUGCAGAAGCUAAACCAAACAGAAAAGGUCGGCCUUGCUACCGGCGUGACAUGGGAGGGAGGACCCUGCGUGGGAAACACCUAUGCGCCCGAAUCCAUUGACUAUCCCUCCUUGUGUCUUCAAGACGGGCCUUUAGGUAUUCGAUUUGCCAAUCCCGUGACGGCGUUCCCUGCAGGUAUCAAUGCCGGCGCAACCUGGGACCGUGAUCUCCUGUAUGCGCGGGGAGCUGCUAUGGGGAGGGAAUCCAAGGGCCUGGGUAUCCAUGUGCAACUGGGCCCUGCUUCUGGUCCAUUGGGAAAGAACCCCGAUGGGGGUCGGAAUUGGGAAGGCUUCUCGGUUGACCCAUAUUUGAGUGGUGUUGGCAUGGAGGAGACCAUUCAGGGUAUGCAAGACUCUGGUGUGCAAGCCUGCGCCAAGCACUGGCUUGGUAAUGAGCAGGAGCACCAUCGGGAGACCAUGAGCUCCAACAUCGGCGACCGAGCGACCCAUGAGCUUUAUCUCUGGCCUUUCAUGAAUGCGGUGAAAGCGAAUGUUGCAUCAGUCAUGUGCUCGUACAACAAGUUCAAUCAGACCUGGGCAUGCGAGAGCGACGCAAUUCUCAACAAGCUCCUGAAAGAUGAGCUGGGUUUCAAAGGCUAUGUCGUGAGUGAUUGGAACGCGCAACAUACCGGCGUCGAUAGUGCAUUGGCUGGACUUGAUAUGACAAUGCCAGGAAGUGACUUCAACACUCCUCGUGGCAACAUUUUCUGGGAUUCAAAUCUUGUUCAAGCAGUGGGCAACGGGUCUGUACCACAAUCCCGGUUAGAUGACAUGGUAACCCGAAUUUUGGCAUCUUGGUACCUACUAGGUCAAGAUCAGGGCUAUCCCGAAGUGACUUUCAGCUCCUGGGAUGGAGGCAAGGCCACUGUCGACGUCACGGCCGACCAUGGCUCUCUGGUUCGCACCGUGGCUCGUGAUUCCAUCGUUCUGCUCAAGAACGAAGAUGAUAUUCUGCCUUUGCAAGAACCUCAGAUACUUGCAAUCAUUGGAUCGGACGCUGCGGUCAAUCCGGAUGGCCCUAACGCAUGCACCGACCGUGGAUGCAACAAUGGAACGUUGGCCAUGGGAUGGGGAAGCGGGACGUCUGAGUACCCGUACCUUAUUGAUCCACUCAGUGCCAUCAAAGCUCAAGCUGAAAGCGAUGGCACACAGAUCAUCCAAAGCACUACCGACAGCGCCACUGCUGGUGCCGAAGCAGCUGCAGCCGCAGAUACAGCUGUCGUAUUCAUCACCUCGGAUGCAGGCGAAGGCUACAUCACAGUGGAGGGCAAUGCCGGAGAUAGAAACAACCUUGAUCCAUGGCACAACGGGAACGAGCUUGUCAAGGCUGUUGCGGCUAAAAGCGACAAUGUAAUCGUUGUUGUACACAGCGUUGGCCCCAUCAUUCUCGAGACUAUCCUCGCCCAGCCAUCAGUGAAAGCGAUCGUCUGGGCCGGGCUACCCGGCCAAGAAAGUGGAAAUGCUCUGGUAGAUGUGCUUUACGGUAGCACUUCUCCAAGUGGCAAGCUUCCCUACACAAUUGCCAAACAAUUCGCAGACUACGGAGCUGGCUGGACCGCUGCGCUGGAUGACAACUUCGCAGAAGACUUGCUUGUGGACUACCGACACUUCGACCAGAAUGGUAUUUCACCCCGAUAUGAGUUCGGUUUCGGACUUUCCUACACAUCAUUCGAAUACAGCAGGCUUGCAAUCAAUGUCGCAGCGACAGCUGGACCCUCGAACGGACCCGUCGUUCCUGGUGGAGCGGAGCAACUAUUUGAGUCGGUCGGUACUAUCUCCGUUCUUGUCCAAAACACCGGAGAGGUUCCUGGCGCGGAGGUUGCUCAACUUUACAUCGGUCUUCCUGAUUCUGCUCCCAGCACGCCACCAAAGCAGCUCCGAGGAUUUGAUAAGCUGCUUCUUGAGCCUGAGCAAUCGGGCAUGGCUACUUUCGAGCUCACUCGUCGUGAUCUCAGCUACUGGGAUGUUCAGGAACAGAAGUGGAUUAUCCCAGCUGGUGAAUUUACUGUUUAUGUUGGAAGCUCCAGCCGGGAUAUCCGCCAACACGGGGAAUUUUCUAUUGUCAAUUCUUGA